AUGUGGUAUGGUACACGAUGUCAUAAUAAUAAUAAUAAUAUAGCUGUACAAAUUUUAUUGCAUUUUUGAGUUUGCGGAUCUAUGUAUUAUAAUUAGAUGUGUCUCUAUAAUAUUAUAUCCGACUUUAGCAAUGAUCGUGAUUACAAUUAUGAUAACAUGUGUGUUGAGUUCGAAAUCGAGUCUUUGCGACGACGAAUACCAAAUUGAAAAUAACGGCGAGGUCGCGAUCAGUGAAAUAUCAUUUCCAUUUAUGGUGAACGUGGCCGGUACUUCGUCGAGCAAACCGGAAUUCACGAACCGGAGAUUGCACCGGGACUACCGAGUCGGUACUAGCGAACUAUAUGAUCACAACCAAGAGAGACGACAUCGACGUCACACGCUGCAGGUGUACUCAAAGAAGUCAUUUAAGGUCGUUACGGGCAGACCAAGCAAUGCGUUUUUAAGAGACGAGGAAAAAUCUGUGUUCGAUAAGUAUGAAGGCGUGUUUGGCCGCUGUGAUGGACGCGGUAAACGAGUUAUAAGAAAUUGACCACUGAAUCGUCAAAUUGUCUCCUUCGUCGUUGUUAUUCAUAAUAAUAUAACAAUAAUAAUUAUAUAAUUAAUAGUUAAUCAAGCAUUCCAUUAUUUUUGGAUAGUAGGUAUUGGUAUUGUUUGUUAUUAUUUAUUUAAAUGGACU